GUGCCCGAUGGGUACGCAGUUACACACAGCACAACACAUUGCUAUUGUCCUUUUGACGUACUACUCGGCACGACCGCACCGCACGAGGUUGAGCCCAGCAACCAACCAGCACUCCCUGAAGCCAGACCAGACCAGACCAGACACCCACUGGCAACUGGCUCCCUUCACUCGGCGGCCGCACCCAACCGCAGUGCGCCGCCGCGAUCAAAGCAAACCCCAGGCCCCCAACCCGCCUGCACGCAACUGCCUCCAACGCGGCAACGGCAAGCGUAGUCACCGCCGCAGUGAGUGAGAUGAUCAGCGGAGGGGCCGCGGCCGCCGGGAACCCCAGGAGGAGGAGGACGCGAUGAAGGCGCAGCCGCUGCUACCGGCGGCGCUCAAGAGGCGGAGGGGCCCGCGCGUGGCGGUGCUGGCGCUCGUCCUCUGCUCCCUGCUCGUGCCCUUGGCCUUCCUCUUCGACCGCGCCCCCUCAGGGUACGUGACGACGGAGGAGCGGCACCGGCAGGAGGUCGUUCUGCCUAAGUUCGAUCACGAGGAGAAGAGGCGUCCUACUGGCGCUGACAGCGGAAAGCGACAGGAGGCGCUGGAGAAGAUCAUCCCUAGAAGUAGAUCAGGAGUCAUUCAUCAACAGACACCCGAGAAGAACAUUUCCAAAGGCAGUACAGGUGUCAUUCAUCACCAAACACCGGAGAAGAACAUCUCCAAAGUUCUUCCAGCACCAAAAGUUGAACCAUCAAAGGAUGUGACGGAUUCAACUAAAGUUGCAAAAGAUGCUAGCCAAGAAGGUGAAAAGGCUGAUGAAGUGGAAAAGGCGAAGUCUUGUCAACUUGAAUUUGGGAGUUAUUGUCUCUGGUCCAUUGAGCACAAAGAAAUAAUGAAAGAUCAUAUAGUGAAAAGGCUAAAAGAUCAACUCUUCGUAGCACGCUCAUACUAUCCAAGCAUUGCAAAACUUCAAGGACAGGAAGCUCUGACUCAGGAAAUGAAGCAAAACAUUCAAGACCAUGAGAGGAUUCUUAGUGUAUCAACAGUUGAUGCUGAUCUUCCAUCCUUUAUCAGCAAAAGGAUGAAGCAGAUGGAGCGAACAAUAGUGAGAGCUAAAUCUUGCACAGUAGAUUGUAAGAAUGUUGACAGGAAGCUUCGCCAGAUACUUGAUAUGACUGAGGAUGAAGCUCAUUUUCAUAUGAAGCAGAGUGCAUUCCUCUACAAUCUCGGUGCCCAGACAUUGCCGAAAAGUCAUCAUUGCCUAUCUAUGAGGUUGACACUAGAAUAUUUCAAAUCAUCUUCAUUGGAUUCUGAUGAUUCUCCUGGCAAGUUCAGUAGUCCAGAAUACAGGCACUAUGUUAUACUAUCUAGGAACGUUCUUGCGGCUUCUGUAGUGAUCAACUCAACUGUGAGCAGUUCUAAGGAGCCAGGCCACCUUGCUUUUCAUAUCCUAACUGAUGCUCAGAACUACUAUGCUAUGAAACACUGGUUUGCCAGGAAUUCAUAUAAAAAUGCAGCUACCCAAGUCAUAAACUACGAAGCAAUUAUUUUGGAGAAACUUCCAAAGUAUACUAUCCGGCAGCUGUAUUUGCCAGAGGAGUUCCGUGUUCUCAUUAGGAGCAUUAAGCAGCCUACUGAAAACACAAGAAUGAAAUACCUGUCACUGUUUAGCCACUCACAUUUCGUUAUUCCAGAAAUAUUCAAGUAUCUAAACAAGGUGGUUGUGUUGGAUGACGAUGUAGUUGUUCAGCGUGAUCUGUCUUUCUUGUGGAAUAUUGAUAUGGGGGACAAGGUAAAUGGCGCUGUUGAAUUAUGUGGUCUGAAACUGGGUGAAAUGAAAAAUGUCUUGGGUAAAACAGCGUAUGAUCCCAAUUUGUGUGCAUGGAUGUCAGGGGUGAAUUUGAUUAAUUUGGAUAAAUGGAGGGAGCAUAAUGUCACAGAGAACUAUCUGUUGCUCAUGAAAAAGUUCAAAUUCAAGGAUGAACUGUCCCUGCGAGCAGCAGCAUUUCCUCUAAGCUUGCUAUCCUUCCAACAUCUAAUAUAUCCCCUAGAUGAAAAAUUGACUCUGGCUGGGCUUGGAUAUGAUUAUGGAAUUGAUGAAGUGGUUGCGCGGAGAUCUGCAUCAUUGCACUACAAUGGCAACAUGAAACCUUGGCUUGAAUUAGGUAUACCGGACUACAAGAAGUACUGGAAGAGGUUUCUUGUCCGAGGAGAUCGAUUUAUGGACGAGUGCAACGUAAAUCCGUGAUGCAGUUGGACCUGAAAUCACAACAAGUGAGUAAAUCUGUGACGCAGUUGGACCUGAAGUCAGAACAAUUAGGAUAGAUGGCUACAUCAGCUAGCCUUACUUAAGUUUGUGCCGGCAAAUUGUGGAAGAGAACGAAUUCUAGUGGUGGAGCCAGGAUUUUUUGAGUUGGAUAUUCCCAACAUGAAAGUAGUAAACACAAAAAUAUAUAUACAGUAGUAUAAAUUUGAGUAAAUGCUGGGGACUGUGAUCCAUGGACCA